UUUCCUCGGCACUCCCAGUGUGAGCCUGGUCAUUCCCAAUAUGGGCCUGUGCACUCCCAGUAUCAUCCUGGUCACUUCCCCUGCGUCCCUGCAGGAUCCCAGUGACUCCCAGACGAGUACAAAGCCAGUACAGUCCCAGUNGGAAAGCAGCCGGAGAUGGAGCCAGAGCUCGGAGCUGGUGCUCCAUGAGAAGCUGUGUGAUGGGAAGAAGCCCCACACGUGUGGGGAAUGUGGGAAGAGCUUCAGGUGGAACUCCAACCUGAUCCUGCACCAGAGGACCCACACUGGAGAGAAGCCCUAUGAGUGUGCAAAGUGUGGGAAGAGCUUCAGCCGGAGGUCCGGCCUGAUCAGGCACCAGAGAACCCACAAUGGGGAAAAGCCCUAUGAGUGUGGGGAGUGUGAGAAGAGCUUCAGGUGGAGCUCUAGCCUGAUCCUGCACCAGAGGACCCACACGGGUGAGAAGCCUUACGAGUGUGGGGAAUGUGGGAAGAGCUUCAGCGAGAGCUCCAGCCUGGUGAAGCACCAGAGGAUCCACACUGGGGAACGGCCCUACAAAUGUGGGGAGUGUGGGAAGAGCUUCAGCUGCAGCUCUUACCUGAUCAGGCACCAGAUAAUCCACACUAGGGAAUGGCCCUACAAAUGUGGGGAGUGUGGGAAGGGUUUUAUUCAGAGCUCCCACCUGAUCAGCCACCAGAGGAUCCACACUGGGGAACGGCCCUACGAGUGUAGGGAGUGUAGGAAGAGCUUCAGCUGCAGGUCUGACCUGACCAAGCACCAGAGGAUCCACACUGGGAAACGGCCCUAUGACUGUGGGGAGUGCGGACAGAGCUUCAGGUGGAGGUCUGACCUGACCAGCCACCAGAGGAUUCAUACUGGGGAGAGGCCCUACGAGUGUGGGGAGUGUGGGAAGAGCUUCAGAGAGAGGUCCAGCCUGACCAAGCAUCAGAGGAUCCACACUGGGGAGAGGCCCCAUGAAUGUGGGGAGUGUGGGAAGAGCUUCAACUUGAGCUCCAGCCUGAUCAAGCACCAGAGGAUCCACACUGGGGAAAGGCCUUUCACGUGUUCCAUGUGCGGGAAGAGCUUCAGCCAGAGCUCCCACCUGAUCACGCACCAGAUGACCCACACUGGGGAGAGGCCCUACAAGUGUUCCAAGUGUGGAAAGGGGUUUCAGUCCAGCUCCCACCUCCUCCGCCACUAUCAGAUUCACACAGAGGAGAGGCCCUUCCAAUGCCCUGAGUGUGGGAAGGGAUUCAAGCGCAACUCCACCCUCAUCACUCACCAGCGCAUCCACACUGGGGAGAGGCUUUACGAGUGUGAUAAAUGCAGGAAGAGGUUUCUGACCAGCUCCAAUCUCGUCCUGCACCAGCGCAAGCACACAGAGGAGAGGCCCUUCCGCUGCCCUGACUGUGGAAAGGGAUUCCAGCGCAACUGCAACCUCGUCAAGCACCGGCGCAUCCACACUGGGGAGAGGCCCUAUGAGUGUCCCCAGUGUGGGAAGAGCUUCUCCAGCAGCUCUCACUUGACCCAACACCAACAAAGGCACCGGUAAGGGAAGCCCUGCGAGUGCCCCGAGUACGGGAAGAGCUUCGUCCAGAGCUCGGAGCUGGUGCUCCAUGAGCAGCUCCAUGAUGAGGAGAAGCCCCACACGUGCGUGGAGUGUGGGAAGAGCUUCAGGUGGAACUGCAGGCUGAUCCAGCACCAGAGGACCCACACUGGGGACUGGCCCUACGAGUGUGGGGAGUGUGGGAAGAGCUUCAGGAGGAGCUCCAGCCUGAUCGUCCAUCAGAGGUUCCACAAUGGGGAACGGCCCUAUGAGUGUUCAGAGUGUGGGAAGAGCUUCAGCUGGAGCUCCCAACUGAUCACGCACCAGAGGAUCCACACUGGGGAGAAGCCCUAUGAGUGUGGGGACUGUGGAAAGAGCUUCAACCAGAGCUCCCACCUUAUCCUGCAUCAGAGGAUCCACACUGGGGAGAGGCCCUAUGAGUGUGUGGAGUGUGGAAAGAGCUUCAGCUGCAGGUCUGACCUUAGCAAGCACCAGAGGAUCCACACUGGGGAGAGGCUGUACAACUGUGGGGAGUGUGGGAAGAGGUUUCUGACUAGCUCCAAUCUCCUCCGCCACUAUCAGAGUCACACAGAGGAGAGGCCCUUCCAGUGCCCUGAGUGCAGGAAGGGAUUCAGGGACAACUCCACCCUCAUGAAGCACCGGCGCAUCCACACUGGGGAGAGGCUGUACGAGUGUGAUAAAUGCAGGAAGAGGUUUCAGACAAGCUCCCAUCUCCUCCAGCACUAUUGGAUUCACACAGAGGAGAGGCCCUUCCAAUGCCCUGAGUGCGGGAAGGGGUUCAGGGACAACUGCACCCUCAUCAGACACCGGCGCAUCCACACUGGGGAAAGGCCCUACGAGUGUCCCCAGUGUGGGAAGAGCUUCUCACAGAGCUCUCACUUGAACAAACACCAACGGAGGCAUCAGUAAGGGAAGCCCUGUGAGUGCCCCAAGUGCAGGAAGAGCUUUGUGUGCUGGUCCAGCUCCAUCCCCCACUGGAGGAGGCACUUUGGACACAACCCUGGUCACUCAUUCCCUGUGAUCCAUGUUGGCAACACACCUGGCUGCUUCUACUUUUGGUUUGACCUUAAUUUUCUUCUGCUUCAUCUUCAUCCCUUAGAAACAGCCCAAACAGGGUUAAAUGAGAUAACGUGA